AAAGGAGUUUUAUUUUGACCUUUUGGGGGUGUUACUUUUGGAAACAUUUGGGCAUCGGCUGAAAUAAACCGUCGUCCAUUUUCUGCGAAACCGACCCUUUACAGUGAGUUCGUGUGGACAAGGGAAAUACAGAGAGAUGUGCGAGAAGCGAGUGCUGAUUGUAGGAGGCACGGGCUACUUAGGUCAGCACCUCUUGCAAUCCUUCGCUGAGAUCCAGCAAACAUCUCCGUGUACUCUUGCAUUUACCUACCAUACUACUCCCCCUCCUCAGCCACUACUCCGUGCCAUUCCUCAUGCUGUUCCUUUCCAAGUGGAUUUGUGCACUGGCGAUGGCCUCCAUGCCGUCACCCAAACAUUGGGCCAGCCUGAUGUGGUGGUUAAUUGUGCUGCUCUUUCCAUUCCUCGUGCCUGCGAGAUGGAUCCUGCAGCUGCCAUGUCUAUUAAUAUUCCUACCGCUCUUAUAAAAUGGCUAUCAAGCUUUAGUGGGAAAAAUACUCUUCUGAUUCAUUUAUCAACUGAUCAAGUUUAUGAAGGGAUAAAGUCCUUCUAUAAGGAAGAAGAUGAGACUGUUCCAGUGAAUGUUUACGGGAAGUCUAAAGUUACUGCAGAGCAGUUUGUAUGUGCAAACUGCUCGAACUUUGCAAUUUUGAGAAGCAGUAUAAUCUAUGGACCACAGACUAUCUCACCUGUUCCAAAGUCACUUCCAAUUCAGGUGCAUUGGAUGGAUAGUGUUCUUGCUAAGGGGGAGCCACUAGAUUUCUUUCAUGACGAGUUUCGUUGCCCUGUCUAUGUGAAGGAUCUUGUCACAGUCAUACGGACACUGACUGACCGAUGGAUCGCAGAGGGUAAUCAAAUGCAGUUGCUUCUAAAUGUUGGCGGCCCAGAUAGGGUAUCCCGGUUUCAAAUGGCUGAGGCUGUUGCCCAUGCUAGAAAUUAUAACACAUCAUUGAUCACACCAGUCUCUGCAUCGUCUGUUGAUCGAGGUGUCAAAUCCCCUGCUGAUAUUUCCAUGGAUAUCACUAAGCUGAUUCAGAUGCUGCAUAUUUCUCCAAUUUCAUAUGCAAAAGGUGUCAGGUUGACACUUGAUGCUGAAGCCAGUUCAUGAUUUUAAAAGAACUUGUUUCCGUCAUUCUUUUCCGAAUGGAUCUUUUUAUAUGGUUUUCAUUUCCUUCAUUACCAAGUCUAAUUGGGUGUUGAAUGCACAGGCCAUUACUGGAAUUAGUUUGGCUUGAAGACUGAAACUGCUUGUGAUUUGGGAGUUUAUAAACUUGUUGCUAAUAUAACUAAUAAUGCACAGCCAAGUGCAUGAACGUGAAAAGGAUUACAAUACUUACUGUCAUGAUGCCAUAGUAAGUGGUUUUCUGUGUUUAUGGAUAUCAUGAAUGGCCUUGGAGGAUGCAGGAUUGUAGUGUUUCUAUUAGUUGUUUUAAGCACUUGCAGAGAAACUUUGCAAUACUUUUCCCAUUGUGGCUUCAAAGUAGAAGAAAGAAGUGAAAUGCUUGAUCUUUUGCUACAUUGUGAAAGCCUAUCAUAUUUUAUUUUUAUUUUUAUUA